AUGGUGAAUAUUACGAACAGAUCAAAGGAGCGCCAAUGGGGUCACCAAUCUCUGGACUCAUCGCGGAAACUGGAGCGAAUCGUACUACCAGAUAUCAAACCGAAAAUAUGGGUACGAUAUGUGGACGGCACAUUCGCUGGUGUAAAGAAAAAUGAACUACUACGAGCGGAGGAACUGCUGAACAACGCGUUUCCCGACAUCCAGUUCACAAUGGAAACUAAGGAGAACAACAAAUUGGCGUUCCUAGAUGUGCUCGUAACAAGGACAACAAACGGCCAACUACAAACUGAAGUUUACGAGAAAGAAACGCAUACGGACCAGAUUCUGAAUUACCACAGCAACCAUCCGGACUGUCACAAGCGGAGCUGUAUUCGAACUCUAUUCAAGCGGAUAGAGACACAUUGCAACACAACAGAGGCGAAGAAAAAAGAAGAACGAAGACUCUUCGAGACAUUCCGAAAUAACGGCUACCCGAGGAAUUUCAUAUGGAGGUGCUUACGAGACCAACAUCGGGCUGAUCCGUCAAAACAACCAGAACAGAGGAAGAUUACGCUGCCGUAUAUCAGAAACGUGGCGAUGAUUGCACGACACCUACGACAACAUGGAAUUGCAGUCGCCUUUAAGCCUACAAACAUGUUGAGAAGAGCCCUCUCGAAACCAAAGGGAAGUUUGGAUGCUUUGAGGAAGACUAACGUGGUCUACAAACUUGAAUGCAACGACUGCGACAAACAUUAUGUUGGCCAAACGGGAAGAAAACUUGCUACGAGAAUACACGCACACAAGCUUGCCAGUAGAAGACAUGACCCAAUGUCACUCGUCUCAAUCCACGAAGACAGAGAAGGACACACGUUCAAUUGGGACAAUGUUCAAAUACUCGCUCACGCAAGCGCAAAGCGUGAGCGAGAAUUUGCCGAGGCGUGGUACUCCACACAAAAAUCGAUCAAUAAACACAUCGACAUUGACCCAGUCUAUCAGCCGUUACGAGCGAAGGGGAUCAGCUUGACCCCGGUUGUAACGAGACUGUUGGCGUCAGUUGUGCUUCGUCGCCUUACGGUGGCUCGUGAGAUACUGACUCGAGAACAGCAAGCGGGAUUCCGGCCUGGUAGGGGUUGUGUUGACGAAAUCUUCACAAUGCGUCAGGUGCUAGAACAACGCCAUACGUAUAAGCGACCCACAAUUCCAGUAUUCCUGGAUUACAGAGGCGCCAUCGACUCGGUUGAUCGGUCUGUUCUUCUUGACACGCUUGCCCACCAAGGAAUACUCCGGAAGUUUGUAAACAUACUAGGUUCUUUGUAUUCUCGGGCUUCCGGACGUGUGCGAGUAUACGGAGAGCUCUCCAAAAGCUUCCGCACACAAAGCGGUAUCCGUCAGGGAUGCCCACUCUCCCCAUUCCUUUUUAACUUUGUGAUCGAUGAAACAAUGAGACGAGCGCUGCGGGGUCUCCAAAAUCCUGGAGUUCAAAUAGCCUGUGAAGAAAACCUCGUCGAUCUGGAAUGUGCAGACGGUAUAGCUGCUACACGUGUUCCUUCCUUGUGCGUGGACUUGUGGAGUUUGGCUGACUCCUUGCUUCGUGCGCGC